AUGAAAGAAUUUCGUAAUAUUGUUUUCCAUAAGGGAAAUAAGGGAAGUGAAGUUAAAAGUAUAAAAAAAUUAAAAAUAGCCCUGCUAAGGUAAAAAUUAUUCAAGCUUGAAACUCACUUGAAUUAAAUUUUAGUGAGGUAUUAAAUUUAAUAACAAAAUAAUAAUUUUACUAGGAUACUAGUCUCAUGGAGAUAGUGGCUGGUUAUAAAUGAAAUAGGCCAGUUUUUCCCUUGUGUUAGAUUUGGAAAAGUGUUUAAAUUUAUUAGAAAUAAUCAAAUCAAAAGGUAAAGUUUACUGUAACACAAAAUUAAGCUAGCCAAUAUUUGGAGACCAGGAUAUUUAUUAAAAGUGGGAGAUUAGAAUUAAUAAGUCAAAUUUUAUUUGGCUUUAAGGUCGAAAAAUUAAUUUGAUUAGUUAUUAUGUUGGUAUCUGAAAUACAUAAAUAAAAAUUACACUUAUAAGCACCAAUAAAAAAGCAAGAAAAAUAAAAAAAUAAAUAAGUAAACAUUAAUUGCUUGCUACCACAUAGUAAAUACUCUAAAAUUUAUUUUGAAUUAAAUUUUUUCCUAAAAAUUUUUUCACUUCUUGUUAUUUAUUUUAAUUUAAGUGUACCUAGUUUGCAUUGACAUUGGCGAAUUGAAAAAUAUAUAAAAACUAAAUAAAAAAAUAUAUUAAUCGAUCAAUAAGUCAGUCGGUCAGUCAACCAGCCAUGCAAAUCAAAUCAAAUUUAAAUGA